CAGGAUACACCAUGCGGCAAAGAAAAAGGGCAAAGAAAGUACGGCGGUCCACCUCCCGACUGGGAAAGCCCGGCUCCUUUAAAGAGUUGCGAAAUUUUCGUCAGAAAUAUUCCAAGAGACUGUUACGAAGACGAGCUUGUUCCAGUAUUUGAGAAGAUAGGGAAGAUUUACGAACUGAGACUCGUAAUGGGCCGCUCUGGAUCCCAUAGAAGGUAUGGAUUCGUUAUGUACACUAACAAAGAACACGCGAAACAAGCGGUAAAGGAGCUUAACAACUACGAAAUUCGUAAAGGCCAGUUCUUGGGUAUCUGGGCGCCAAACGAAGAAGCCUUGCUGAAACUUAUGGAAAGAACAGGAUACACCAUGCGGCAAGAAAAGGGGCAAAGAAAGUACGGCGGUCCACCUCCCGACUGGGAAAGCCCGGCUCCUUCACAGGGUUGCGAAAUUUUCGUCGGAGGUAUUCCAAGAGGCUGUUACGAAGACGAGCUUGUUCCAGUAUUUGAGAAGAUAGGGAAGAUUUACGAACUGAGACUCGUAAUGGACCCCCUCUCUGGAUCCCAUAGAGGAUAUGGAUUCCUUCUAUACACUGACAAAGAACACGCGAAGCAAGCAGUAAAGAAGCUUAACAACUACGAAAUUCGUAAAGGCCAGCUCUUGGGUGUUUGCAAAUCUGCCAGGAGAGUUUUGCACAUGAGGAACCUUACGUCGACAACUACAGAAGACAAAAUUAGAAAGCUGUGCAGUCAAGUUGUGGGAAGAGACAAUGCUGUGGAAAGAGUAAAGAAGAUAAGAGAUUAUGCAUUCAUUCAUUUUAGAGACAGAGAUGAUGCUAUCAUGACCAUGACUCAACUUAAUGGAAUGAAUGUUGAAGGCACUUGCAUUGAGGUUGUAUGGGCAAAAAGAAGAAAGAAGGCUAAUCAGGACUGUCACCUGGGUGAGGUUGAUAGAGCAUACAACAGAGGCCAGGAAGCGUUGGAAUCUUGGAAGCAGAAAGAAGUAUCAUAUGUCAGGGGCUAUGGCUAUGAUUUUGAUCCUAGUUACUCUCCACCAUCGUAUUACAACCCGAUGUCUCCACCACCCGCAAGCAGGGGGUUGGCAGAACGAGGUCCCAUGGGCAUCAGAAGCCCUGUGCGAGGCCGAGGGAUGAUGAGGGGGUGGGGCUUUAGGAAACAUCCAGCAGAGGUGCUGGAUGACCUUUGCCAGAAGAAUGGAUGGGGAAGUCCUGUAUACCAGCUUCAUUCUCCCAUGGGAAGGGAUGGAAGUGGGGCCCAACAGUUCUUAGAGCUCUUUUUGUACAAGAUCACCAUACCAGCUCUCGGUACUCAGUUUCCAAAUCAUAACCCAUUUACCCCAAAUAAUCUGUGUUCUACUGUUGAGGGGGCAAAGGUUUUUGCAGCAGAGUGCACAUUGAUGCAGUUAGGUGUGCCUCUUGAAGCCAUAGAGUACAUUAGCCCACCAUAUCCUUACACCCAGCCGAGCUAUGUCACCCACCCCGGCCCACCUGUGGAACUCUUCCAACAGUUCAUGUGAAAAGCCAUUGAUGACCUAAGGAAAACGAGAAAGAUUUAUGUGAAGUUGAACAGUACAAGAAGGUUGAGUUGGCAUUACAAAACUCCCUGCCACACUUAAGCUAGUCUGAGAUCCAGCUCAUCAUACAGUGCUAUCAGAUGAUAUAGAUCACCAAGUUUAUAUUCAUUGUAAUGAUACACAUACGCACCUUACUUGGCUGAUACCAGCACAUGUCAAUAUGUGAAUUAUAUGUACACUCAGCAUACCGUUUAUGACUUUCAGUAGUUUCAAAUCUUAGUGAAUGAUUUAUGGCAAAUUUUUACUGAGCAGUUGUUUUCCCCUUUCCAAUCAUGUGCCACUUAACAAAUAGAUGAACCUGUAUGUUGUUUAUUCUGCUAGGUUGUGUUUAUAUUGGCAGUCAUUCUUUCCAGUAGAAAUUUUGUCUGUCCAAGUUAAACAUAGAUCACCAAGUUUAUAUUCAUUGUAAUGAUACACAUACGCACCUUACUUGGCUGAUACCAGCACAUGUCAAUAUGUGAAUUAUAUGUACACUCAGCAUACCGUUUAUGACUUUCAGUAGUUUCAAUCUUAGUGAAUGAUUUAUGGCAAAUCAAAUCUCACUCCCGGCCCUCACUCCUCAAAACCUCAAAAACUCACUCUCAAUGCGACACCAAACGUACAUUCCCUACUACUGUCAAUUCGAUAAAAAGUAACCAAUCAGCAAUACCUAAUGAGCAAAUGACCAAUUUGUCGACUAUACAGGUAAUCAAUCAGGCAUUCCUCAGAUUAAUAAAUAAUCAAUCGGCUCAUGUCAGUCAGUCGGCUAAUACGCUGGGGGAAGUGAUCCAUCAGCUAUUAUGUGGAUCAGUUAUAAUCAAUCAGCUGUUAUGUGGAUCGGGUAUAAUCAAUCAGCUGUUAUGUGAAUCAGUUAUAAUCAAUCAGCUGUUAUGUGGAUCAGUUAUAAUCAGUCAGCUGUUAUGCGGAUCAGGUAUAACCAAUCAGCUUUUAUGUGGAUCAGGUAUAAUCAAUCAGCUGUUGUGUGGAUCAAUUAUAAUCAAUCAGCUGUUAUGUGGAUCAGUUAUAAUCAAUCAGCUGUUAUGUGGAUCAGUUAUAAUCAAUCAGCUAUUAUGUGGAUCAGUUAUAAUCAAUCAGCUGUUAUGUGGAUCAGUUAUAAUCAAUCAGCUGUUAUGUGGAUCAGGUAUAAUCAAUCAGCUUUUAUGUAGAUCAGGUAUAAUCAAUCAGCUGUUGUGUGGAUCAAUUAUAAUCAAUCAGCUGUUAUUUGGAUCAGUUAUAUUCAAUCAGCUAUUGUGUGAAUUACUUAUAAUCAAUAAGCUAUUAUUUUAUAAUGUGAAUCAGUUAUAAUAAAUCACCUAUUGUGUUAUGUAAAUCAGUUAUAAUCACUCAGCUGGUAUGUGUAUCAGUUAUAUUUAAUCAGGUAUUUUGAGGAUCACCUACAAUCAAUCAGCUAUUAUAUGAAUCAGUUAUAAUCAAUCAGCUGUUAUGUGGAUCAGUUAUAAUCAAUCAGCUGUUAUGUGGAUCGGGUAUAAUCAACCAGCUGUUAUGUGGAUCGGGUAUAAUCAAUCAGCUAUUGUGUGGAUCAGUUAUAAUCAAUCAGCUGUUAUGUGGAUCAGGUAUAAUCAAUCAGCUAUUGUGUGGAUCAGUUAUAAUCAAUCAGCUAUUAUGUGGAUCAGUUAUAAUCAAUCAGCUGUUAUGUGGAUCGGGUAUAAUCAACCAGCUGUUAUGUGGAUCAGGUAUAAUCAAUCAGCUGUUAUGUGGAUCAGUUAUAAUCAAUCAGCUGUUAUGUGGAUCAGUUAUAAUCAAUCAGCUGUCGUGUGGAUCAGGUAUAAUCAAUCAGCUGUUAUGUGGAUCAGUUAUAAUCAAUCAGCUAUUGUGUGAAUUACUUAUAAUCAAUCAGCUAUUAUUUUAUAAUGUGAAUCAGUUAUAAUAAAUCACCUAUUGUGUUAUGUAAAUCAGUUAUAAUCAAUCAGCUGGUAUGUGAAUUAGUUAUAUUCAAUCAGCUAUUUUGUGGAUCACCUACAAUUAAUCAGGUGCAAUGAGAAUGAGCUAUAAUCAGUCAGCUAUUAUAUGGAUCAGUUAUAAUCAAUCAGCUAUUAUUUUAUAAUGUUCGGUUAUAAUAAAUCAGCUAUUGUGUUAUGUAAAUCAGUUAUAAUCACUCAACUGGUAUAUGUAUCAGUUAUAUUUAAUCAGGUAUUUUGAGGAUCACCUACAAUCAAUCAGCGAUUAAUCAGCUAUAAUCAAUCAGCUACUAUGUAGAUCGCUUAUAAUCAAUCAGCUGUUAUGUGGAUCGUUUACAAUCAAUCAGCUAUUAUGUGGAUCAGGUAUAAUCAAUCACUUAUUAUGUGGAUCGGUUAUAAUCAAUCAGCAACUGUGUGGAUCAGUUAUAAUCAACUAACUAUUAUGUGAAUUAGUUAUAAUUGGUCCGCUAUCAU